GGCGGGGCAUGGGUCAACACGAGCACAUUUGAGUGUGCCACACAAAACAAAAAAGUUUCAGCCGCAGAGGCAAAGUCACGCUAACGGGACCUGUUGACUGUGUGUGGAGGGGGCGAGUGAAGAAGAAGGUAGAAAAAAUGUCUGAGCUGAGCGACGAAGCCAGUGAAUCAGACCAGCUGGGUGCCAGCCUCUCCCUGUGGCUGGGUAACACCCCGGUGCGACCCGAGGAGCUGAAUGUGCCCCUGGACCUCCACACCGCCUGCUCCAUCGGACAGUACGACGUGGUGGCAGAGUGCAUCAAAAAGCGUGAGGUGGACCUGGAUGGCAAAAACAUUGGAGGAUGGACCCCUCUCAUGUACGCGUCUUACAUCGGCCAUGACAACAUCGCAAAUCUCCUGCUGGAGGCCGGUGUGAAUGUAAAUGCUACCACCGCCAAAGGAUUAACCCCCCUGAUGCUGGCAGCAAGCUGUGGGAAUGAAAGCAUCGCAUACUUCCUGCUACAGCAAGGUGCUGAGUUGGAACAGAAGGACUGUCAGGGCUGGACUGCUCUGUUCCACUGCACGAGCACAGGCCACCAGCAGUUGGUCAAGUUCCUGCUGGAUAACAACGCCGACGCCAAUGUCAAGGAGCCUGGGUCUGGUUUCACUCCCCUGAUGGAGGCUGCUGCUUCUGGACAUGAGAUCAUUGUUCAGAACCUGCUCGACCAUAAAGUUAAAGUAGACGAUCGCAAUGCUAAAGGAGAGACUGCCCGUGCCCUCGCCAUGAUGUACGGAUAUACUAAGAUCAUCAGCCUCAUUGACUCACGUUCUCCGAGGAUCAAACCAGGGCACUUUGAGGACCUGAGCUCCUCAGAGGACUCAGACACGGCGCCGCCAAGGAUAAGACUGAGUCGAAAUCGAGCUAAAGGCGUUAGCAUCCAUGAUGGGCCCCAGGCCAUCGCCAAGUUCCGAGUAGGAGGCACCAGCAAACUAUGUGAGCCUCCUGCUGCGCCACCAGGCUACAUGACGUUUCGCGAUACUGGUGAACAGAGUGAGCGCAUCUGCUACCGCGACGUGACCUCACCCAUCAACGAGCUGGACGGCCAGAGCAACAGCAGCAGAGAUGACAGUCCAUUCUUUGACAACGACAUGCCCACCAUGAGAAGCAGCAGCAGUAGCAGCGAAGGCCUGCCUCAGGUGGUUGGGCUCAACUGGGAAGGCUCCGUGGAGAGUAACGAGGACUCUGACCAGUGUAAAAAGAGCAGCUCCCGCAGAGCCAUUAAGGUCCAUCACUCAAAAGGAAAGGGUCGCCAUGGAAGCAACGAUGUAGCUCACUCCAGUGGCGCAGUGAACUGUGGGACACGUUCACAUGUUAGUCUUCCACCCUCCUAUACUGGUCCAAAGGAUCUGGGAGAGUUCUUGGAACAAAUCGGCUUCUCAAAGUAUCUUCCCUUGCUUGAGGAGCAAGACAUUGACCUGCGGAUUUUUCUCACCCUGACUGAAAAUGAUCUCAAAGAAAUCGGGAUCACACUGUUUGGACCCAAACGGAAGAUGACCUCGGCUAUUGCAAGGUGGCACAGUAGUGCUCGACCCCCCGGUGACGCCCUGGAACAGGCUUAUGCUGACCAGCUCGAGGCUGAGAUGCAGGAGAUGGCCAUUCAGCUUCACAAGCGCUGUGAGGAGGUGGCGAGCCUGCAGAGCCAGGUGUCUCAGGAGAAGGAGCUGCGUACCGUGAUGGAGGGAUGUCUCAUGGAGGACAAGAUGGCGUGGAGGAGGGUCCAUGCGGAGCUGGUGGAGACCCACCGACUGGCUCAGGAAAUGAGUGCCACAGUGGCACAGUCCAGGGCCUGCUGCGCUGAACUGCUCUCCUGUUUACCUACUACUGAGAACAGUAGCUCUCAUACAGACGAUGACACAAAAGAUGACACAGGUGGUAAAGCUGUGGAGGUUCUGAAACGCUCCAAUGUGGUAGAGCUACUAAAAAAGCUGGAUUCUCAUGAAGAAGAAUUGGCAGCAAAUCUGCAAACCGUGUUGCAGAGUCUGAGGCGACUGAGUGCCCCUGAAAAAGUCUCCGAUAGCUGGGAGCGGCCUUAAUCCUUACAGAGGUUUUUUUUUUUUUUGCCAACAUUUGGACGGAGGGUGAUCUAACCACCCUGAACAAUCUCACUGAAAUGGGAGAAAGCCGAAGACGAGGCUGACCCUGCCGGACCAGAGCGGCUCGGGGAGCAAAGCAGCCAACCUGGUGCUGAUCGACCGGAGCUCGCCAGAUGUGGACAAGGCCCCGGGAGACGGCAGCUACUGCAGGGAAAUGACAAACAGGCAGGAGGGGUACCUGGCCCUCACACGCCUGUGCUGGUGUUUUACUGGACUCCUGUAGUUGCACAGAGAGGAGGGACUGAUGGUGGUUCAGAGGGUGUGAUACUGUGAAAAGUUUCUUAAAACUGUACCCUCUUCCAAUAUGAAAUGUGGUUUAAAUUAUGUUUUCAUCCACUAGUUGAAGAGGUACAUUUCGUAACAGUAGUUGAAGUUUAAAUAAGUAGUUUGAAGGAGUUCUGCCUUAUUUGAAUGAAAUGAUUCCUAUGCUGUUUGAAAAUAACGUCCUGCUGAAUGCAUUUAAGAGCUUAACAAGAAGAGAUGUGUGAACCUGUCAGUUAAUCAUUUACUCCAUCAUGUUAUGUUACAGCAGGGAAGAUCUUUUCAACCCGUGACUGUAAUGCUGUCGACAUUUAUAUGUAGAUGCAGAGAAAUAAAAUGGCAAUGAAAUGUGAGAUUUAUCACAUUUUUAAAGCACA